CAGCUCCCGGGAUGCAGCGCGGCUCGGUCAUGCUCGGCCGCGCUCCCGAACGCGGAAACGAGGAGGCGGUGUGGAAGCGCUGACAGGGCUGGGCGUGCUCCCGCGCGCCAUGGCGGCGCUCGGCGCCUACCGCUGUAUCGAGUGCAACGGAGAGGCGACGGAGCUGUACCGGGACUACCAGCGCGGAGUGCUCCGUAUCUCCAUCUGCAAAUCCUGCCAGAAACCUGUGGAUAAAUAUAUUGAGUAUGAUCCUGUUAUCAUCUUGAUUAAUGCUGUUUUAUGCAAAGCACAAGCAUACAGGCACAUCCUUUUCAACACAAAGAUAAAUAUUCAUGGGAAGCUCUGUGUAUUUUGUUUGCUCUGUGAAGCUUAUAUCAGGUGGUUGCAACUACAGGAUUCAAGCCAAAAUACAGAUCCUGAUGACUUAAUCAGAUAUGCCAAGGAAUGGGAUUUUUAUAGAAUGUUUGGCAUAGCUUCUUUAGAACAAACUUCAUUUUUCAUUGGUAUUUUCAUUACCUUGUGGUGGAUGACACCUGAGAUGCUGAAAACAAAGUCUGACUUCAUCUUACUUCUCAAAGCACUGCUGUUGUCCACCUAUGGAAAGCUCCUGCUAAUUCCAGCUGUUAUUUGGGAGCACGACUACACACCUUUGUGCCUUGCAUUUAUAAAAGUGUUUGUCUUGAUAUCAAACUCUCAGGCAAUUAGAGUUACAUUGAACUUGAACCGAAUACUCCCUUGGUUUGCCAUCUUCUUUGGAUUAAUUUUGGAAAAUGGUGUGGUCUGCUUGUUCCAGAAAAUGGGAUGGGAUGUUUGAAGUGUCAACCCAGUGAAGAAAUACCAACAACGUGAUGAUAAUUUUCUCAGAAUAAUCUCUGCCAACAGGCUCCAAAAGAACUGUUUUCAUAGGGAUAAAGAAGGUGAUAGAUAACAAAAAAGCAUUAGAAGUUUGGCUAUUUCCUGUGCUGAGCCAUAAAACUUCAGCCUUAGGUUGUUUAUUUUCCCAAUAAAAGUAUGAAUGUCUUACUAUCCUAACAGUUUUAUAAAUCUGGCUGCAUAGCUGUGGCUCUAAGAAGAAAGGUACACUAAAAAACCCAGCCCUGCUAUCAAUCAGUGCAUUUUGGCAGAGAGAAGAGGAUGAAUUGUUCCCUUAAGAGGAAGAGAGUCAGUGGAAAAAUGUAAAAGCCAAAAGUUAUAUUUCCGUAAAACCAGAUUUUCAAAGAGAAAAGUGAACAUUUGCAAAUAGUUUAUUAGAGAAAAGGCAAGUAUUCCAGAGUGAAACUACAGUGGGAAAGCCAAGCUGCAUUCUCUGGAAUGUUUGUGUUAACAAUCCAAAAGAAUAAAAUAUCUAGUUCUAGAGUAAUCUCUAGGAAUGAUAGUUUUAAACUGGCUUGACAUUUUAGGUAAUCUCAUAAAUACUUGAAAUUUUGUGUGAUCUCAUAAAUGCUGCUUUCUUCUGAAAGCUGAAGAGAGAGUGAAAGGACUGACCCCCAAGAUGUAGGGCUGUUCAGGAUACUGCUUCUUCUGAAUUUUAGUCACAUCCCCCACACCCAGUCUUCAGCUGGCUGCACAUUUAUUAGAAGCAAAAAUUGAAACAUGAGGCCAUUCAGCAGUAGAGCAGUAGUUUAAAAAUAAUAAAACAAACAAAAAUGUUCAGGCCUAAAUUAAUGAAGAAACAUUUAUAGAAGUUCUGCACCUUCUUCCUCAGCAGGCAAAAGGAGAGCUAAGUGGCCCACAAAGGAACAGACAGAUUCACUUUCAACAAGACAGUAAAAAGGGCACAAACCCACUUUUGUGCAGGCCAGUUUCUAUUCAUCCCAUCCAAUAUUUAACUCUCCUGCUAGAGUUCUGGAAGGCUGUACUGUCCAUAGGGAUUACUUCCAUUCUUUGUUUUCCUCAGAUGCUGUCUCAUGUCUGUGUUUUCCAGAAUGAAUCAAAGAGCUUUUUGCAACAUCUUCAAGUUAAUUCCCAACAGGUUUAGAGUAAGUCUAGAUUAUGACCACAAAAGACAUCAAACAUGUUUUUCUUAUGGAACUGCCCAUGCUAUGCAAGUUAUUUGAUCAGAAAAGCAAAUGGUUGCUGAUUCUCUUUUAUUAAAUCAAAGGCUGACAGCACUUUUGUUGUUUGUGUUACACUUCGCAACUUCCUGAGCAUGUCAGAGAACGCAAGAAACCCCAACUGCAACAUUUUUAAAUAUGGGAGACUCUUAAUUUGAUUGGUAAUGGAUUCAUUUCCCCAAGUUGAGUCUGUUUUGUCCAUGACAGUAACUGGUGACUAAACUCUCCCCAUCCUUAUCUCAACCCAUGAGCCCUUCCUUUUGUUUUCUCUCCAGUGCCUAGCUGGGAUGACAGAACAGCUUUGGUGAGCAUCUGACAUCCAGACUGGCACUGGAAGUGCUUUCAGUCUAGAGGCUGAGUGGAGCCCAUUUCAGUGGAACUAAUGCAGGUUGUUAUAUGUGAACACAAGGCUGUCAACAGCAAAAUUGUAAAUACAAUGUAAAUAAAUUUUAUUUGAGAACAGUCUUCCUAAAUUAAACUUGAUUUUGAUUUUUAAAAACUGAUAUCAGGUAUUUUCUCGGGUUUUUUUCAGAACACCUAGAAUGGACAUGAACACAUUCUGAAAGAAGCAGUGUUUACCCAUUGUGCCACAUACACUGAUAAUGUAUCAGUUAUGCACUCUGUAACGCUGCCAGGAGCCACCACUGCCCUUACACAACUUUGAAGAGAGGACAAUUAAAAGCUACAGAGGUGUGGAACAAAAGCAGGUGUGGUACAGGUUCUCAGUCUUCAGAGGCAUCAUUAGUAAUGUAGGGCAUUCAGCAUUAUUUGGUGUUAAAGUUACUCCUUUACUGAAAUAAACAUGACAAAUACACUAAUAUUUCAUAAAUCUAGGGGGAGCUUAAGGACACCCACUGGGGGAGGGGAGGGAGAUGAGUGCAUUUUUUAUGCUUUUGAAAGCAUAUAGUGCUUCAGAGAGAACCAAAACUCUUUUAAGUUUCUGCCUGUUUAAAACUGUCACAUCUCUUGCUUUUACUCUUUUUUGUCAGCUUUUUGUAAUGAAACAGUUACCUAUGCUGGAAUAUGGAUGGCAAAUAGCCCUUUCUAUGUAUCAUAAUCUGUUUCAUUAAGUUAUAUGAGAGGAUUUAUUUGAGUUAAAAAAACAGCAGCCGGGAAGUGAACCUAUAGAAACUCUUUUGAGUUUUGCUUGGAAUCAGAAGGGGUAUUGUGGCCUAUGGAGUAAAUUCAGAACUGUAUGAAAUGCACAGAAAAACCAGGGCUGUUACUGAGACUUGGAUUGAGCAAUGGCUCAGUGAUUGCGCAGUGGGAGCUGGGAACUCCUGCAGGUCCACAGGCCAUGUAGCAAGUAUUUAGAAAUUAGCAUAUGCAAAAUUGGAGAAUGAGAGUAAAAGCUAAGGAGGGUUAAAAGAGAAGGUAGGAGUCUGGCAGACUUCUACAAAAGUAAGAUGGCAGUAAAAACUAAG